AUGCGCAGGCAGCGCAGCCUCCUUCCGCUCGUUCUCAUCUGUGCGUCGUCAUCCGUCCUGCUCCUCACCGCAACAACCAACGCCGACAACCUUACGUUCUACAUGAAAGCCGACUGCCUGGACAGCACGAACUACACGCGCGGCAGCGCGUUCCAGGCCAACCUCGAUGCGAUCCUCUCCUCUCUCCCUGCCGCGGCGGCCGCGUCGUCCUCUGGGUUCGCCAAGAACAUCACCGGCGGCGCCGCGCCCGACCAGGUUUACGGCCUCGCGCAGUGCCGCGGGGACAUCAGCGCGGAGCGCUGCCGCGCGUGCCUCGUCAACUCGGCGCGUGAGGUGGCCAGCAGGUGCCCUGGCCGGAAGAGCGCCGUGCUCAUCUACGAAGGCUGCCUGCUGCGCUACUCCAACGCGAGCUUCUUCGGCGAGGCCGACACGUCGAAUCCGCUCUACAUGUGUGACCUCGACAACGCGACGCAGCCUCAGUUCGCGUCGUCGCUGGACGGGCUGAUGCGCAGCCUCGCUGAGAAGGCGUACGGCUCCCCGCGUCUGUUCGCGGCUGGCUCGGUCGACCUCGCGGACUACGAGAAGAUUUACGGCAUGGUGCAGUGCACGCGGGACCUUGGGCCCGACGACUGCGAGGGCUGCCUCGCCACCAACGCCGUCAGUAAGAUUCAGACGUACAAAAACUGCAGCGGGAGACAGGGCGGUCGGCUCUUCAACUGGAGCUGCUACAUCCGGUUCGAGGUGGCGCCUUUCUUCAACGCCCAGGCUGCCGAGACGGCAAUGUCCACCGGAUAUGGAGGUUACGAAGAAAUGAGAGGUUCAGAAACUCUCCAGUACGAUCUAGGUACUCUGCGGGCUGCCACUGACAACUUUUCAGAAGAAAAAAUGCUCGGGAAAGGCGGUUUUGGACCGGUCUACAAAGGCACGAUGCAAAAUGGGCAGGAAAUUGCAGUGAAGAGACUGUCAACAAUCUCACAGCAAGGACUUGUGGAAAUGAAAAACGAGAUUGUCCUCGUUGCAAAGCUCCAACACAAGAACUUGGUGCGCCUACUCGGUUUCUGCAUCGAUGAAGAAGAGAAGCUCCUCGUCUACGAGUUCCUCAGCAACAAGAGCCUCAAUAAAAUCCUUUUCGGUGCAUGA